AUGUCCUCCGUCAACGAUAACGCCUCCUCGCCGCUCCCGGUCGAUGGGGUGAGCAAGCGCAAACAAGGCGCUGCAGCUUGUGUCCACUGCCACCGGCGCAAGGUUCGCUGUGAUGCCCGUUCCGUCGGAACACCCUGCACCAAUUGUCGGGCCUCUGGAAAGUCCGACUGUCGUAUACACGAAAAGAAAAAGCGUCUUGCAGUUCGCUCUAUCCUAGAUCCCGUUCCUAUCCGAUCUCGGCCUCUCCCGCUGACGGAUCCUACCUCGAACCCCUCUCAUCCAGCAGGAACCCCAUUACCACCAAGCUUUCCAACUGCGUUCCAAAACGGCCAUGCUACGCCUGUCUCUGGGGGUCUUUCACAACAUGGCUAUCCACAAGGCACGGGAUCAGAGGGGUUUGGCCGCCAAGGCCCCGAUAUGGCGCAUGCCCACGAGGCCCACAGCGAAAUGGAACAACACCUUGUCAAGUUGAUUGACGAAGAGGAAUCCGGUAGAAGGGAAAUCCAAAGAGGCGUGCGGGCUUUCUAUGUUGGACACGAACUUUCAAAUAUGUCCUUUUUGAUCCGGCAACAACGAGACCAAGAUGAUGAUGUAUAUCAUUUUGCCAGCAACGAAAUACCAAGGCGCCAAAUGAAGACAGGCCAUGAUCAGCUUCUCAUGGAUGCUCUCACACUUCCGGAACCGCCUCUAGCGGAUGAACUGGUUCAGGCGUACUUCACCUAUGUCAAUCCGGGUUAUCCUAUUAUUGACGAGGAUCUCUUCAUGACGCAGUAUCGAAAUCGAGACCCUGCAGAUCCCCCGCCAAUCUUACUCCUUCAGGCAAUUUUGUUGGUUGGAGCGCAUGUCUCUCGCGCAAAAGUAGAGCGAGAUGCUCUCAAAGAAAUUUUCUUCCGCCGCACCAAGUAUCUGUUCGAUAAUCGCAUUGAGCGAAAUCGAGACAUUCUUGUUCAAGCUGCACUUCUUUUGACGUGGCAUUCUGAUAGCGCAGAUGAUGAUGUCGCUGCAGAUGCUCAUUUUUGGGUUGGCGCAGCGGCACGGAUUGCCACAGGUCUUGGCAUGCACCGCAACCCCGUUUCCAGCAGCUUUGUGACUCGUGAUAGGCGAAUGUGGAGACGAGUAUGGUUCAUUUUGGUCCAAUUCGAUGUGAUGGUAUCCCUGUCAUAUGGUCGACCGCAAGCAAUCAACUUGGACGAUUCUGAUGUGUCUCCCCUGACGCCUGCUGAUUUCGAGAAUUGCGGCCCUCAUGUGCAAGCAGAAUUCGUGAUCCACUUCACUGAACUUUGCACAAUGAUUUCCUACCUCAUUCGCGACCGAUUUGGGCUUCGAACCACCGAGGAGCGACGAAAGGCCGUUCUUCAAGAAGCGGAUGGAUCACUGGCAACCUGGUCUUUGAAGCUUCCCGAUAAUCUUCGCCUUCGAGCAUCUGAUAUGGAUCCCUGGUCUGCCAUGCUCCAUUUGACCUACAACAACUUCCUCAUUCUGUUGCAUCGGCCGCAUCCCAGGGCCUCGGCUUAUUCCGAUGACUACGGUCCCCAUGACGCAGAAAUUUGCAGUGCAGCCGCUGGUGUCAUAGCGUCCAUUUUUGAAGAGCUCAGGAUGAAUGACCGCUUAAAAUUCCUCUGGUACACUGGUGUUCAUACACUCUUCACGGCUAUGAUUCAAGUUCGGGUAGAACUUCGAUUCUCAAAUCCUGUUCUUGCGAUCAACGCCUUACGACGAUUCGACUCCGCUUCUUACUCGCUGCGCGAGUUGGCCCAGUACUGGGUUCAUGCGGGCACGAUCUUGCGACUCUUCGAGGACUCCAAGCGCUUGCAAGAGGAUCUUCGAAUGGCAACCACAGAACGGCCCAAGCCGUUCGGCGACGCUCAACAUUCACACAAAAUGCCUGUUGCUUCUCCCGUCUCAUCAAUCACCAUGCAGACUCCUCGGGCAAUGUCUUUCGGUGUCCCCACCCCCGAGUCUACCACAUCCCUACAGCAGACUACUCUCUCGCCACAACCAAAUGCUCCGCAAUUCACCAACUGGAUUGCCCCUCUCCGGCUCAACGUCGGCCCAAUGGAAAGAAACGAUCCUUUCUCGAGCAGUAUGCAAGUGGAUUCCAUCGAGCCAGCUCGAGAUUAUCCAGACUGGCGGCAACUGUUCUCCUUUGGAGAUGUAGACCUGCCUCCUCCCGUCGGAGUUGAGGGUCUGCCCGAGCUUGAAGACGAGUGGCGGCAGAUAUACUGGCAGGAUGCUCCGAUGGCAGAUCUCAUCCAUGAUGGAGGAUGGAUUCACGGCUAG